AGUCUUACUCUUCCGCCACCAACUUCUCUUAAACCAGUUGGCCCCCCCCCCUUCCUAUUCCUCGCCAUUGUUGUGUUCUCUCUCAUAGCACUCCCUAUUCCUACCUCAUAUUGUAGACUCAUAGAGGUAUUAAGUGGUUGAGCCCUUGAAUUUCACUCCCCGCUCCUGUCCACACCACUCUUACUUCAACGAUUAUCAAGGCAUUCGGCACUAUAGGCACGAUGAGUAACAGUUACUACUCCGACUCGGACGACCUUGAUAUACGAGUCUCGAGGCGACGAGCACCGUCGCCUUCACAGGUUCACUAUGUCGAGGCGAGACCAAGACCCGCUGCCAGGAACUACUACCCGUCAGCAGGCCAACAGCCUAGCUUCUUGGCCCCGGAGCGCACAGUCAUCACCACCCGCACCCGAUCAAGAGAGCGUUCCCGUGAGCGCCAUUCUACUCCACCGGGUGGCCCCGCUCCGGCUCCGAUCCCGGCUCCGGCCCCGGCUCCUGUGAUCAUCAAUAACCGUAUCUACAACGAACACUCGUCCGAUGAUGAGGACGACCGCCAUAUGCAGGUCUACCGCAAUCGUCACCGGUCUCACUCCCGUGGCCACUCGUCUCAUUCUCGGUCACCUUCGUCCUCUUACAUGACCCGGGAGGAUUAUGAGGCAGAACGGGCUCGACAGGAGCUGGCAGAACUCCGAAUCUGUCAGGCUCGCGAGAAAGAAGAACGCCGGGUCCAAAAAGAGUUCCGGGAGGAAGCCGAACUCCAGCGCGCCAAGCGCGAUCUCGAAGAUAUCCGAACUCGUGAGGCUCGCGCUGCCGAAGAACAGCGCUUCAAAACCAAGAUCGAGUUGGAAAAGUACCAAGAGGACAUGCGCAAGUCAGACUUUACCAAGAAGCGAGAAAAGGAGGCUGCCGAUGCUGUGGAACGUUACAAGAGAAAGGAGGCAGACCGCAUUGCGCAAGAGAAGAGGGAGAAGGAGCAGCGUGAGAAGGAGUUCCAGCAGAGGCUCAAGGAAGAACGUCAAAAGGAGCUGGACAAGCUGGCCAAGGAAAAGAAGGAGAAGGAGGAGCGUGAUAAGGAGUACCAGAGACGCCUUCAGGAGGACCUACGUAAAUCAGGUCUCGACGACAAGGCCAUCGCCGCCAUCCUCAAGAAGGAGAAGAUUCCAGAGCCACCGAUGCAAAGGCCGGUCCAACAUGAUCACGCGCUCGUUCCCGGGAAUCGCCCAACCUACACGCGAAUGGCACGGAAGCAUCUAUCGAUCGAAACCCUGAGAACAUACCAGGUCGAAUGGGAAAUGGAUGUUGUAAGCAGAAUCAGAACGCGACUAUCCCCUAUUACAUCUACUGACUUAUCUCAGGACCCCGACUACGUGCUCAUCAGACGAUGGGUCCCGGAGUGGGAGCAAGACACCCUUUGGAGACACACCAGGUCGGUUCGCGAGAAGCGUUCAUCCAAGCUCGUACUCGAGAUCGAAGACAAAAAGCCCCACCGCCUCGAACCAGAGUUCGAGUGGGUCAGGAAGAAGAGUGACCGGAAGAGAAGCAAGUCGCCCGCACUCCUCAUGUAUCUUGCAGGAGCGAAACCCGCUUGAUCGAAGAAGGCGAAUUUCGGGUCGGCGUCGGGACCGAGGACGACAGCAUUCAUCUGCCAUCGAACGCGACGAUGGUGUUUCUAUCUGGGACAAGAUUUUAUGUCCACACCAAUCCAAGGGGUGGGGUGGUCACACAAGGUACCUCACAUACC